AUGAUGACAGUGAAAGUGGCGAUAAAAAAGUUGGAGAAGAGUGGAAAGAGGAUGACUUAUCGGGAUUGAGCGCAGUUGAAUUAAUGAGGAAACGAAACGAAAUGAUUGAAACGGCAAAACAAGAAAUUAGUGACAUUGCAUUGAAUCUACUAGCACAACCACAACAACAGAUCGAUAGACUCCGUGUGUUGAUAGGACUGUGUAAGGGUGAGAGGAUCCAUUCAUUGAUACGCGAAACUGUUCAAAAAUUAGCGAUUGCGUCAACAGUUGAAGUGUUCGUCGAUAUUAUUCCCGGUUAUGCGAUCAGACCAUUGAGUGAGGAAGAAAAAUCACAAAAGAUGAAAAAAGAAACAAAAAAAUUACACGAUUAUGAGAAUACGCUGUUGAAUUAUUACAAUAAGUAUUUGCAAGUGAUCGAGAAAAAUGUAACAAGUGAGUGGAUAUGUUGCUUGUUUCAUUCGUUCGACUGUUAUUCAUGUGUUCUUUUUUUGAUUCUUCAAUUCUGUUCAUGUAAUUCGAACGCUUUUUGA